GAUCCACGCUAGUUGAUAUCCUGGUAUUAAAUAUGUAUGAUUAUUUCGACGACACAAAGGACAAGAGCAAAAAUCCCUGUGACGGGCACGCAAUCGAAAUAAAUUCACGUUCAUUAAUGUGUAAUUUCCACAUCGAGUGAACUCGCAACUUUAGUGGGAGAAGUUGAUCAUGUUGCACUUGGCGACAUCGUCGCUGCGGCUUAGCUGAUUCUGGAAAACUGCAGUCAUCGCUGCGGCUUCUUUAUACAUGUCUGGUUUUAGUGCAGCAGAAUUAAUGAGGUGCUGAAAAACUCUAAUCUAGCAAUGUUAUUGUGAGGAUUUAUUAGAAUAUUGCAAACAUAGUUAUACUCAUUGAAUCUCAAUCGAUUAUGAGAGAUAUUUUGUUGAUUGUGCUAAUAAUGUGGAAUAUGGCAGGCUUCUCUGAAACAUUAAAGUUCGAUUACACGCAAUCAGGUCAACAGUCAUGGUACAAUGACUUUCCAGAAUGUAGUGGGCAAUGGCAAUCACCGAUUGUCAUAGCAGCAAGCAGAUCGGUUGCAUUGCCUCUUCCAGCCUUAGAAAUGAUUGGCUACCACGAUUUUCUCCCUCUUCCACUUGUAUUAACAAAUAACGGAUAUACCGUAACAAUGAAUUUUAAGCGUGACGAUCUACGCAAACGAACCCCUUAUAUAUUUGGAGCGCUACUCGAUGAGAAUCAAGACUAUGAACUAGAGAAUUUUCAUUUUCACUGGGGAUUAAGAAAUAGUCGGGGAUCCGAACAUGUACUACAUGGAACAAGGCAUCCCAUGGAAAUGCACUUGAUUCAUCGCAACAUGAAGUACGCGAACCUUAAUACAGCUCUUCAACACAAAGACGGUUUGGUGGUCUUGGGGGUAUUUUUCAAUCUGCAAGAAGAGGACAACGAUCUACUCAAGCCACUGAUAUCCCACCUACCCGAAAUCCAGUUUGCCAAUAGCGAAACCAAGUUAAACACCUCCAUAAUACUGGCUUCUUUCCUGCCUCAGCACUUGAACACGUACUAUACCUACAGGGGCUCUCUGACAACACCGCCUUGCAAUGAAGUUGUUACAUGGAUUGUCUUUGCUUCAGCCGUUCCCAUCUCUUUCAAACAGAUGAGUAAAUUUCGAUUACUAUCUAACGGCAAAGGUAUCCUAGCCGAUAAUUACAGAUUGUUACAAGAUGUUCACAACAGGAAGGUUUACGUACGAAGAACUUAUUCAUUCGGAGCAAACAGAAAUGAAAUUAACGACUUGGAUAUAUCGACUUUGAAAUGGUAUUACGAGUGAAAUGUAGGCGUUCAAAUAAAUUACGUUGU